UUGGGUAAUCUCAGUGGUUCGCGUGCGGGGUGGUGUUCAUGCGCUCGGCUUCUGCUAGUAAAUAAACACACACACGCCUAAUUUAUCAGUUAAUAACACAAUCAGACUUGGCAGUUAGCGAACAACCGUAUUCUGUCUCGUGCUGUGAGCUAAUAGCUAACGGGAGCUAACACAUUCUUAAACACGUCGCCUGCAACCCAGAUCUGUUGACAAUCGGAAAGGAUUUAGAUUUGAUCCAUCAUCUAACGAGAAGGAAACCGGGUGGAGUGGAGCUGGAAAAUGGAAAAGCAGUUGUUUGGAGGAGUCGCCGGUGGAGAUAGCACGGCGCAGCCGGGAGUACCGAAUCGAAACAAGCCUCGGACAUUGGCCACCUCGGGUUCGAAACAGGAUAGCGUGGAGACAUUGGACAGUCCUACAGGUUCUCAUGUAGAAUGGUGUAAGCAGCUGAUAGCAGCCACCAUCUCCUGCCAGAUAUCAUCUGUACCCGCUGACACUGCAUCCGGAGACUGCAAGCCUCCAAGAGACGGAACAAAGCAAGUCCAGACGGAUGAGGUUCCACUGGUACCGGGAGAGACCAUCAAGGCUGUGGCCAAGGAUGUGAUGUACAUCUGUCCCUUCACGGGUUUGGUGACCGGAACCCUCACCAGCACCAACUAUAAACUAUACUUUAUCAGCCUGGAGAGGGAUACUCCGUUCAUCCUGGAUGUGAACCUGGGAGCGAUCAGCCGCCUGGAGACCAUCAUUGUUCAGAGUCAUGGAGAGAACACAAGGGGCAUGGAGAUAGUCUGUAAGGACAUGCGUAGUCCCAGGUUUGCCUAUAAGGAGGAUGCCAGCCAACCAGAGAUAGUAGAGAUUCUGGCCAAACACGCCUUCCCCCUGUCAAACGACCUGCCCCUGUUUGCCUUCCUGUAUAAGGAGGAGUUUCCUGUGGAUGGGUGGAAGGUGUAUGACCCCAUGGCAGAGUACAAGAGACAGGGUCUCCCCAACGAGAGUUGGACCAUCAGCAAGAUGAACAGUAGUUAUGAGGUGUGUGACACCUACCCUGCCCUGGUCGUCAUCCCCACCAGCAUCAAGGAUGACCACCUCAAAGGAGUGGUAGCCUUUAGGGCCAGGCAUCGCAUACCGGUGUUAUCGUGGAUCCACCCGGAGAGCCAGGCCACUAUAGUCCGUAGCAGUCAGCCUUUAGUGGGCCCCUCUGACCGGCGUUGUAAGGAGGACGAGAGAUACCUCCAGACCAUCAUGGAUGCCAACGCUCAGUCUCACAAACUCACCAUCUUUGACGCCCGACAGAGCAGCGUGGCAGACAACAACAAGGCUAAGGAUGGUGGUUAUGAGAGUGAGAGUUUCUAUCCCAACGUAGAACUCAACUUCCUGGAGAUCCCCAACAUCCACGUGAUGAGAGAGUCACUGAGGAAACUGAAGGAAGUGGUCUACCCUAGUAUAGAUGAGGCUCACUGGCACUCUGCAGUCGACCAGACACACUGGCUAGAGUACAUACGGCUGCUCCUGGCGGGCGCCGUGCGUAUAGCUGACAAGCUGGAGUCUGGUAAGACCUCUGUGAUGGUCCACUGUAGUGAUGGGUGGGACCGGACGUCCCAGCUCACCUCUCUGGCCAUGCUGAUGCUGGACAGCCACUACCGCACCCUGAGAGGGUUCCAGGUGCUGUUGGAGAAGGAGUGGAUCAGCUUCGGACACAAGUUUGCUGCGCGUGUGGGUCAUGGGGAUGAGAACCAUGCCAACUCGGAGAGAUCGCCUCUCUUUAUCCAGUUUAUAGACUGUGUCUGGCAGAUGAACAGACAGUUUCCUGCAGCGUUUGAGUUUAAUGAGUUGUUCCUGAUAACCAUUCUGGACCACCUCUAUAGUUGUCUAUUUGGUACAUUCCUCUACGACAGCGAACAGGAAAGAGUAGCCAAGGAAGUCCAGACAAAGACAGUCUCUCUGUGGUCCUAUAUCAACAGUCAACCAGAGGACUUCACCAACCCGUUCUAUGUGGACUAUGAGCACCAGGUCUUGUACCCUCUAGCUAGCGUCAGACACCUGGAGCUGUGGACUGGCUACUACGUACGAUGGAACCCCCGUAUGAGGCCGCAGAUGCCGGUGCACCAGAACCUGAAGGAGCUGUUGUUCCUGAGAGCAGAGUUACAGAGGAAGGUAGACGAGUUGGAGAGGGAAGCAUCUUCAUCACGCGGUUCUCUCUCGUCUUCAUCAGAACACACAUCAUCACCCUCACACAGCGGGGGCACGCCCCUACACACCAUUGUUUAAUACAGUACACACAUACUAUUGUCUAACACACACACACACCUGAACACAGACACACACACACACACACCUGAAUGCAGUCCCCAACACAGAACUGAACACACACACACACCUGAACACAGACACACACACACACACACCUGAAUGCAGUCCCCAACACAGAACUGAACACAGACACACACACACACACACCUGAAUGCAGUUCCCAACACAGAACUGAACACACACACAGACACACACACACACACCUGAAUGCAGUCCCCAACACAGAACUGAACACACACACACACCUGCAUGCAGUCCCCAACACAUAACUGAACACACACACACACACACACACCUGAACACAGACACACACACACACACCUGAAUGCAGUCCCCAACACAGAACUGAACACACACACACACCUGCAUGCAGUCCCCAACACAGAACUGAACACACACACACCUGAAGGCAGUCCCCAACACAGAACUGAACACAGACACACACACACACACACACUGAAUGCAGUCCCCAACACAGAACUGAAUGCAGUCCCCAACACAGAACUGAAUGCAGUCCCCAACACAGAACUGAAUGCAGUCCCCAACACAGAACUGAAUGCAGUCCCCAACACAGAACUGAAUGCAGUCCCCAACACAGAACUGAAUGCAGUCCCCAACACAGAACUGAAUGCAGUCCCCAACACAGAACUGAACACACACCUGAAUGCAGUCCAACACAGAACUGAAAACAGCACUGAAUGCAGUCCCCAACACAGAACUGAAUGCAGUCCCCAACACAGAACUGAACACACACACGUAACCACUUGUUUGUUCGUCUUCGUAUUCCUGAAUCACUUUUUCACUUCGUGUUUUUAUCAUAAAGAACUAGAAAGAGUUUAACUUGAGAAACGAGGUACACGUUUUUAACAAAGUUUCAUUCUUUUUUUUUUUUUUAAAUAAGGGAAAAGAAAUGAGGUAAUGAAAUUGUUGAGAAAAAAGCACCAUAGUAUUUGGUGUGUAUUUUAACAUGGAACAUAUGAAUAGAUUGAACUAACAUUUCUACCUACCUAAGGUAUGAUACAGUUUCCAAUAUUAGAAAUAUGUUGAAUUCAUAGACGACGUGUAGAAAUUUGAAACAUCAAGUGCACUUUUUUUUUAAACACAUUCGAGUAAGCAUGUUAUAUCAAGUGGAUCAUUAAGGAUACGUCCCAAAUGGUACCCUAUUUAGCCUGAUCAAAAGCUGUGCACUAUGUAGGGUGGCAUUUGGGACAUAACCUAAAUAAGAGCUCUGUAUGUACUACUUAACCUUAUCUAGCUGUGCCAUAACUGGUACCUUGUAAUAUGUGUCCCCUAUUCCUGUCCGUCCCUUGUAAUGUACCCUGUCAUGUGUUCCUAUCAACAUGUUCCAUUCAAAGUCUGUGCACUCUUAAAAAACAUCCUCUUUGCCUUUCUAUUCAAUGGGUAUUUGUUGCUUAUCCACACUGUUAUUGGUCAUAGGCUGUGUUUACACAGGCAGCACAAAUCUGAUCUUUUGCUCAGUUGACAAAUCUGAUCUGAUGAAUCAGUGGAACAGAUUUAGACUGCCUGUGUAAAUGCAACCAUGUUUGUUUGUUUUCCCCCACGUGAUUUACUUCUACUCUGCUGAUGCCAAAUCCUUUUGUUUUGUGUUUGAACCUUUUACCCAGUGGUGCUUUUGUAUUAGAUUGUGCAUUUCUACUGGUGUUUUUACCAGGGGUGGAACUUUCACUUGGGAUAGACAUUUUUGCCCCCCCCAGGUUUAUCGUUUGAAUGUGAUACAAAAUGAGACAACCAGUGUGCUUUAGGACCAUGCGGACGCCUCUGAGCGGUCGGGUAGGCUGUUUGGAGUGUUUAUCCGACUGGUACUGGAGAUAUACAUUUUGCUAUCCAGUCAAAAGUUUGGACACACCUACUCAUUCAAAGGUUUGUCUUUACUUGUACUAUUUUCUACAUUGUAGAAUAAUAGUGAAGACAAACUAUGAAUUAACACAUAUGGAAUCAUGUAGUAACCACAAAAGUGAUAAAAUCUAAAUAGAUUUGAGAUUCUUCAAAGUAGCAAUCCUUUGCCAAGAGUGUGCAAAUCUGUCAAGGCAUUCUCUCAGCCAGCUUCAUGAGUUAGUCACCUAGAAUGCAUUUCAUUUAAACAGGUGUGCCUCGUAAAAAGUUCAUUUCUGGACUUUUUUUUCCUUAAUGCGUUUGAGACUGUUGUUGUGACAAGGUAGGGGUGAUAUACAGAAGAUAGCACUAUUUGGUGAAAUGACAAUCCAUCAUUACUUUAAGACAUGAAGGCCAGUCAAGAACUUUGAAAGUUUCUUCAAGUGCAGUCACAAAAACCAUCAGCGCUAUGAUUAAACUGGCUCUUAUGAGGACAGCCACAGGAAAGGAAGACCCAGAGUUACCUCUGUUGCAGAGAAUACGUUUAUUAGAGUUACCAGCCUCAGAAAUUGCAGCCCAAAUAAAUGCUUCAGAGUUUAAGUAACAGACACAUCUCAACAUCAACUGUUCAGAGGAGAUGUGAAUCAGGCCUUCGUGGUCAAAUUGCUGCAAAUUAACCACUACUAAAGGACAUCAAUAAGAAGAAAAGACUUGCUUGGACAAAGAAACAUGAGCAAUGGACAUUAGACCAGUGGAAAUCUGUCCUUUGGUCUUGAUGAGUCCAAAUUUGAGAUUUUGGUUCCAACCGCCUUGUCUUUAUGAGACGCAGAGUAGGUGAACGGAUGAUCUCUGCAUGUGUGGUUCCCAUCGUGAAGCAUGGAGGAGGAGGUGUGAUGGUGCUUUGCUGAUGAAACGAUUUAUUUAGAAUGCAAGGCACACUUAACCAGCAUGGCUACCACAGCAUUGUGCAGCAAUACGCCAUCCCAUCUGGUUUGUGCUUAGUGGGACUAUCAUAAGUUUUUCAAGACAAUGACCCAACACACCUCCAGGCUGUGUAAUGUCUAUUUGACCAAGGAGAGUGCUGCAUCAGAUGACCUGUCCUCCACAAUCACCCGACCUCAACCCAAUUGAGAUCGUUUGGGAUGAGUUGGACCGCAGAGUGAAGGAAAAGCAGCCAACAAGAGCUCAGCAUAUGUGGGAACUCCUUCAAGACUGUUGGAAAAGCAUUACAAGUGAAGCUGGUUGAGAGAAUGCCAAGAGUGUACAAAGCUGUCAAAGACAAAGGGUGGCUACUUUGAAGAAUUUAAAAUAUAUUUUGAUAACACCUUUUUGGUUACUACAUGAUUCCAUGUGUUAAUUCAUAGUUUUGAUGUCUUCACUAUUCUUCUGUAGAGAAUAGUUCAAAUAAAGAAAAACCCUUGAAUGAGUUGUUGUCCAAACUUUUGACUGGUACUGUAAAAUGUCAUCCGUCCGUCCGUCCGCCCGCCCCCACCCACACUUCUAAAACCGAAGUCGCUCCCUUGGUUUUUACUCUCCAAGGCCUAACAAGAUGGUAAUGGUAGUCACUGGUAAUGUUCAACUCAUAGGGCCCUCUUGUGGCCUUUAAGCCAAAUAACAAUACUGACCAUCCUUUUCUCAACUAUGGAGAAAGAAAAAAAAUACCCAUAUGUGGACAUAGGUACGUUUUGCAUUGGUUGACCCUAUACACACGCCAUUACCUAACUUGAAUAGUCCGUAAAAUUAACCUUUUUUUUUUUACAUGCCUUUCACUGAUUGGUUAAGCCUACCUAAUCUUUGACAUUAUGCAUGUGUUCUGCUGUAUUAUAGCGGUUAUAACAAUAACGGUUUCUAUGUCAUGCUUAAAAUGUUCUCAACAUUGUGCUGCACCUUCAUUAAACGAUUCUGUGGUUUAACAUU